UGAAUCGUCAAGGGUAAGUUAGUUAAAAUUUGUCAAGAAUCUAAACUGAAGUCCAUAAAAUCCUAUUUACGGUAUUUAUAAUACAGUUUUAACACUAUUAAUGGUGGAAUAACCAAACGUGAUACGCUGAAGAAUAUCUGCAGACCUUUUCUCGUUUAAAAUGUCGUCCAAGCAAGGAUAUUUGACUGAUUUAUAUUUACGAAAAAAACGAGAAAGGAGGCUACARCGAAGGCGAGCUGAACAGACGCGUAAAAGGGAAGCAAGAUCUGAACACAUUGAUCCUCGAAGAAGUACCAUGCAGCUGCGUAGAACUCAUCAAAGAACGAAAAGAGAUUGGCGUGGUAUAAAUCAAAACUGUUUGAGGCUCAUUGAAGACUGUCAACAAAUUAUACAAAGGAUACAAUCGAAUGAGAACCAUUUCAACAACGACAGUGUCGACAGUGCCAACCUAUUAACUUCUUCUAUCAAUUUCAUUAACCAUGAUAACUUACUUCAAAUUUCACCUGAAAUGCAACCUGAGAGCAGCUUUGGUAAUAUGCUUAAAAACUUAAACGGUGAUGAACAUUAUCAGCCACCCUUCAUAACAAGCCAAACAAUUGAAAGAUUAUUGUCAUCAUCACAGCCAUCAUCAAGCUUGUGUCAACUGCAAAUGAUAGAAGUCUCACUUGUUUGUCCUCUUUCCAAGACAAAGAUUAAGCUACCUAUAAGGGGUAAGCACUGUAUGCACCUAGGAUGUUGUGAUGCCAGUACCUUUCUGCAGCUGGUUGGAGAGAAACAUUUCUCAAAGUGGAAAUGCCCUAUCUGUUCACUUCCAAUGCCAUAUGAAGACAUCAAAGUAGAUGGAAUGUUAUCUGAUAUAAUAAAAGGAGUGAAAAAAGAAACACUAAAGAUAGAGUUUACAUCCAGUACAACAUGGAGAGUAAAGGAAGACAAAGGCACAUCAUUGAGUUCUCAUAAACUGAAUCAAUCAAAGAGAAAAGAGAUAAUAGAUCUGACAUAUUCACCUCUGCCAAAUGCUGAAGGAAGAGGUUCAAAUUAUGAUUUUAUAGACUUAACAAAUUCUCCAUGAGUGAGUCAGCUAGUAGUUGGAAAUAUCUUUCUUGAUACUGAGGCAUUUCAGUUUCAUAAAUGGUGUAGCUUACAUGUAGGUAUAAAAACACCAAUUUUUAUGUAAUGUACCUGUAUAGAGGCUUUGGACCUUCACAUGAUGGCAGCUGCGACAUGAAGGAACAAUUGAAUCUGAUGGAAUCUGAUUUACAUGAGAAAGAAUUCAGUUUCCCAGGGAAAAAAAGAAUCUAUUGUUGUGGUUCUGGUCAUUGCUUCCAUCACGUGAUAGACCAAAGCCUCUAUACUGGUACAUUACAUCUGUUUAGCAAGGCAUAUUGGUUUAGCAAGGAAGUGAGUGCAAUCUUCUUGUGCACCAAAAACUGGCGUAUAAGGUCAUUAAAGAAAAUUUUUAUCUUAGCGUUAAGUUAUAAGUUUGGAUUACUAGGUAAUUAAUAACAGAGUGCAGACAGCAAAAUAUGGGGAAAAGUAUUACUGCGAUUUAUUCUGCAAACUCAGUAGUUGCGAACUGCAUGCUGAAACUUGGUUUUUCACUGGUCAAUCAAAAAUAAUCAGCCAGUACCUUUAACGUUCUUGACUCCCAGCAGUCAUAAACCAAUUUCACAAUAAGCCGUUGAAAUGUUGGAGUUUGCAGAAUAUUGAAAAUCGCAGUAAGACAGUAUAAUAUGAAUUUGUUCAAUAUCCUAAUAGCAGAUUUUUAUAGCUACGUACACUGUAUUGCCUUCACACAGUAGUCACAUAUUUUUUCUCUAUACAUUUCAUUGUAUUGGCCCAAAUGUCUAGACUUGAAACAAUUGUUUGAAGGCAACAGAGUGUUGUAACUGUAGGACCUCCUAUUUAGCACUAAUAGACCUUUCUCUCAUUCUCUUGAAUGACCAUGGAAAAUUGGUUUCAAGUCCAGAUUAAACUUGAUCUGUUCAUAUUCUUUUUUCCAUUGUUUKUGUGUGUGUGUGUGUGUGUGUGUGUGUGUGUUAGAGGGAUUUUACUUGGCCUAUCGAUAGUAAGCAUAACACAUAGUAGAGUACAAACACUAAAAGCGUGCAACACUUUGCACUACUUAGUAGUAAAUAGUGCUAAUUUAACAAUGGAAAAAAAUAGGAUAAGCAUAAUUUAGCAGUAUUUAGUGGUACUUAUGUUACACACUUAAAGUGUUUGUACUCUAGUAGACACUAAUUCCAAUGUUUUCUUUAGUAUUACUUUGACUGUAGGUCACUAAUUGUAUUAUACAACUUUGUUUCCAGGCCUAAGUAAAAUCACUCUAUUUGAAUCAUACACUAACUACUAGAAACUGUUUCCCAUUCUGAGGAAAAUCACUCAAAGGUUGUUGUGAGGUAUGGGUAGUCUUUCAUGUUUUGGCAAUAUGUUUAUAGCAGAGAAACUUGGUUUUCAUUUAUCAGAAUUCAUCAAAAGUAGAAACAGCUGUCACUCAAUAAAUUUUAUCAUAUUACUUUAUUAAACUUUAUAAAAAUGUA